CCAUGGUGCCGCCUCAGCGGCCGGCGACUACUCCGGGCAGCCCGCCCCUGACGUCAGCACGCUGCGUCUCGCUACGCCCCCUGCUCGCCUAUUGGUCCAGGGGACGGAUCAACCUCUCCAUUGGUCCGCCAGCAUAUUAAACCAGCCAAUGGGCUGCGGAUUCAGGUCGCCAUAGACACCGAUGCUGCUGUAAGCCUGCAGAAGAGUUGCAAAGGCCCUGAAGCCAAGCCUUUUGACAUUUGACAUGUAUGCUGCUUCUGCUCCUCGAGGUAACCUGGCUUCCUGUAAGAAAGGAGUAGGAAGCACCAGCUAUCAGUCACUAGCCUCUCGGCAGCUGCAUGCAUUAACAGAAGCAAAAUUAGCUUCUGUCUCUACAGAGUUAAAGAUCAGAAAAACAGAACAGACAUCAAAGAUAUCUAAAGAACAAAUGCUAAUAAAACAACACAAGCAAGUUUGGUGGCAGGAACAUCAAAGGUUGAAUGAAGUCAGAUGUAAAAUGGAGUCCGAAAUAAAAUCCUUUCUCAGUGAAGAGAAUGUUGGAAAAGAAUGUCUUUCUGAUCUUAGGAAUUUUGAACAAGAGUUAUCAGAGCAGUGGUGCUCAUAUGUUAAAAAUGUGAUAAAUCCUAUUCAGCAAUUGAGAACAGAUCUGAAAUACAGACAGCUGCAAAUUUCACAGCACUCAACUUCACAUACUGAGUUCAAUUCAGUACUAGAACAGGUUGACUCUGUGAAGAAACAGUUGAAAGCUGUCUUUGAAAGACUUAAUCUGGAGCAACAGAAAACAGGAAAGGACACUUCAGACUGGAGUCUGAAAAUACUAGACUAUUCUGCAGAGGAGAGAUGCCACCUAAGUGAAAUCCCCAUGGAAUUAGAAACCUUGUCCUGCCCAUACCCCAGUUUGAAAUCUUCAAUCCUAGAUGAGUUCUGUAAAUUUACAGAGAAAUUUCAAAAGAAAUUUCAAGAUUCUGAUGUGCUGUUAGAAGACAUAUGUAGAAAUUUCCAAUUAAAUGAAGAAGAUCACUGGAUUUACCAAGUUGUUUUGGAUCAGUAUCCUGGAGAUCUGUCUGGUAGAAGGACUCUGUACUUGGACAUGCUACAGAGACAUCUUCCCCACAAAUCUAGACGUGAGUUGAUUGAACAUGAGAAGUAUUAUGACAAAUACCGCUUUGCUCGUGAACAGCGAAGAAUCCUACUAUCAACUUGGAAUAGGAAUAGAAGAGAUUUUAUUCAGAAAGCUGUGCUGACACUUGCUGAGGCUUGUGCAGCUUAUGAGUUGGAGAACAUCUUGGCUAAGGACAGGAAAAUGCAACAGGAACUAUGCACUGACCUGAAAGCCAAGGUGAUUCAGUGGCGGGUCCAUCAGGAAGAGGUGGCAAGACUGGAAAUGGAAAUUUCUACUAGAAAAAGAGAAAAGGAAGAAGAGAAAAUGAAACUGUGGAAGGAGAAGGAAAUGCUACGAAGAGAAGAGAUGAAGGAAAAGAUACGAAAAUACUGGGCUAAAAAAGAACAGAAGUGGCAAGAAAUGGAAAUGAGAGAUCUUCAGCGCCUAGAAGAACUGAAGAAACUAAUGGCUGAGCAGUCGGUCACAGACAGAGAAAGGGUUAAAUAUCGUCAAGAAUUGCUGGGAAAACGUCUGAUGGAGAAGAAAGAAGUGGCUCUUCAAGAAGCCCAUGAAGAAGAAGAGAGAGAGAGGCGGCUGGAAACCCUCAGGAAGCAGGUUGCUAUUAUUGCUCAGUUUGAUCCUGUUAGAAUGAUGUCAGAUACAAUGGCAUCCAAAGCAAAGAUGGGCAUUGGAACUGAAGAAGAAUUUAUUCUACAAAAGCCACUCUUCACAUUGAAUACAUACAAUGAACAACAGAUAAUUUCUGAUCCUAGACUCCGUUUUGAGCUAGCCCUCCGAGAAGCUGGACUUCAUAAAACAUUUUAUGCCAGAGAAGUGCUACCAAAAAUCAGUCCUCAAAAACCCCCAAGAAAGGACAUGGAGUCUACCAUCUUUAAAACCUAGAAUAUGCAAAGUUUGUAAAGAACACAAAUACAGAAGUUUAAUAUAUGUGGAUGAUUUCACUUACUUCAUUUUAAAAUAAAACUAAGUACUAGAUAUA